AGAAGCUCUUUUUACUAAAAUGUUAGAGUAAAACCCUUUUUUAUUAAAGAAAAAAAAAGCUCCCUUGAAUUCUGGUGUAGUUUUGCAUGUAUUUUUGGCGCCCAAUUCUACUACUACUACUUCUCUGCCAGAAAACAAAGAAAAACCAUCAUCACGCCAUCACAUCCUCCUCUGUUCUCUCUCUGAACACACCUAACUGCAUUAAUUUCCCAGACAUAUUUCCUCUCUCCUUUUAUUUUCAUUUUAACAUUUUAAACUGUUUUUACAUUUUUUUUUUGAAUUGGGUUUCUUCUGGGUUUCUUCCCUACACGUUUUUCUCCGUCUUUUUCAGUAAUUUAGGAUCAUAUAAUUGAAUAACAAGGUAGUAAAACUUUUCAUCAUCAUCUUCUUAUUUUCUUAGGAAUUGCGGGUUUUUAAAAUUAGUUGAAGAAAAAUGGAGUUUUUACCAGUAGGAAAGAGAACAAGGCUUCAAAAAGCUAAGAUGUUGAAGGAAACAAACAAAAGGGCGCGUUUAGCUGCUAAAAGGGAGUGGAGGAAGAGGAAAGAGAAAGUUUUAGUUGAUAAUAAUGGUGGAAAAAAGGUUGAAAUUUUAAGGGUUUUGAAGGAAGAGAAGAUGGAAGUGGAAAUGGAAAUGGAAGAGGAUGUUGUGAUUAUUGAUAAAGAUGAAUUUUUUAAAGACAAUUUUGUUGGAUCUAAGCAGAAUUCUCAAAUUGAGGAAUUGAUAAUUAAAAAAGAAGCUUUUUAUGAUGAUUAUGAUCAUGAUCAUGAUAAACAUGAAGCUCCUCUGUUUCUUGAUGAAAAGGGAAAGGGGAUAAUGAUGAUUGAUGAUGUGAAUGGUUAUGGUAGUGAUGAUUCUGUGCAAAUUAUAGGAGAAAGAUGGAACCCAUUAGGGCUUGAUGGUGAUUACGACGAUGAUGAUGAUGAUGAUGAUGAUGGUGGUGGUGGUGGUGGUGGUGGUGAUGGUGAUGGUGGUAGUGGUGGUGGUAAUGGUGGUGAUGGUGAGAAUGAUGAUGAUGAUGAUGGUGGUGGUGGUGAGAAUAAUGAUGGUGCCUCUGACUCUUUGGCAGUGGUGAUGAUUUCUGAUUCAGAUGAUGAAAUGAAGGGUAUACAUAACAAAGAUGAAGCUGAAAAAGUUGGGGAAAUGAUGAAAAGAGAAGAUGUGUUAACUGAGGAAUCUUCUGAUUCUGAGGCUUCAUCAAGUGAGGAGGAUGAUGAUGAUGUUUUUGACAAGGAUUUUGUUGGGGUGGAGCAUGAAUCUUCUCAUACUUCUGAGAGUUCUAGCUCUGAUGGUUCUGUUCAAGAACAUGAGGGAGAAUUGCAUUCUGAUGAUGAUAAUCGACAGUCACAUCCUGAUGAUGGUGGUGAUGAUGUUAUCAUUAUCGAUGAUGAUGAUGAACUUAAUGAUGAUGAUGAUGAUGGUGUUGAGAAUCAUGAUGAUGAUGAUGAUGAUGAUGAUGGAAUAGAUGGUGUUGAGAAUCAUGAUGAUGAUGAUGAUGAUGGAGUAGAUGGUGUUGAGAAUGAUGAUGAUGAUGAUGAUGCAUUGAGACAUAAAAAAAGAAGAGAGAUCAUUUAUGAUGGUGAGAUUCUAAAAAGAGUGACAACAAAGAAGAAGGUAGAGAAGGAGAGGAGACAAGAGGGUGGAGAAAAGAGAAAAAGAGGGAGGCCACCUAAGAAAAAGAGUGUGAAGUUGCAAAAACAAUCACCACCUUGUAGAAAUGUAGUAAAGAAGUCAAAAGAUAAUGAGAUCCAAAAUACUCUCCUUAAUACAAUUUUGGAGGUGGGAAAUAAAGGGUUAGAUGAGAUUAUGUCUUGUAAAUUUGAGUUUUAUCUUCCACUUAAGUUCAAAUUUGGAGUUGAGGAGUUGAUUUUGCAUGAAAAAACAGAAGAAGAUCUAGAAUUAGAUAAGCUCUUCAAGGACUUUGAGUUUGCUAUCCAAGCUUCCAACAUUGGUUUUGAUGACUCUAGUCUGAUUCAGCACGACAAUAGAAGUGACAGUGAAAAUAUUAAUCCUUCCAAUGGUGCACUCUCACAAAAGGAUCUGUGUGCUAAGGGGAAACAUUAUCUCGUUCAUGAUGAUGAAAUCGGAAUCGUUUGCAAAUUCUGCUCAUAUGUAAACCUUGAGAUAAAACAUGUCAUGCCAGAUUUUAACAAGGAUCCAUUUGGAAGGGGGGACAGACGAGACUAUUAUUGCAGAUUCCUGUAUGAGGGUAGCAUGACCUAUGACAGGUUUCAAUUUCUUGAGUCCAGCUAUGAUGGCCGAGGUGAUUUUAGCCCUUCAGAUGAUAUUCAAGGUACAGUGUGGGACCUCAUCCCGGGGGUAAAGAAGACUUUAUACCCUCACCAACGUGAUGGAUUUGAGUUCAUCUGGAGAAACAUAGCCGGAGGUAUAAGAAUGGAUGAACUUGGUAAGCCCACAAAGUUUGGUUUGGGUGGAUGUAUCAUAUGCCAUGCUCCCGGGACUGGAAAGACCCGUCUAGCAAUUGUUUUUCUCCAAUCUUUUAUGAAGCACUACCAAAACGCUAAGCCUGUUAUUGUUGCACCUUUUCCCAUGCUCCGGACAUGGGAGGAAGAGUUUGGUAGAUGGAAUGUAAAUAUUCCAUUUUUCAAUUUGAAUGACAAUGAGCUGUCAGGGAAAGAAGACCCAAAGAUCCUUGGUUAUGUUGCAAAAUCAUCCAAAGACGACAAGACAAUCCGCCUUGUCAAGCUUCAUACUUGGGCCUCAGGGAACGGUGUUCUGUGUAUUAGCUAUGGGCUCCUUCAAAGACUUGCUGGUGAUAAGGAAGGCACAGAUGAGAAAGUUAGGCAAGUUCUCCUUGAGCAAUCUGGUAUCCUAGUGUUGGAUGAAGGGCAUACUCCUAGGAAUGAGAAAAGUAAUAUAUGGAAAGUGUUGUCCAAUAUAUCAACAAAGAGACGGGUGAUCUUAUCAGGAACCCCAUUUCAGAAUAACUUUGAAGAACUUCAUAACACAAUUUCCUUGGUUAGGCAAGAGUUUGGGACCCCAGUUUUUCCAGGAUUUUAUUCAAAAUAUGAAAGGAUCGAAGAGUUGAGGAAAAAGAUCAAACCCUUUGUGCAUGUCCACAAGGGGGAGAUUUUAAAGGAAACUCUGAAGGGGUUAAUCCAUAGAUUGCUGAUUUUAAAGCCUUCUCCUCUUCAGACAAGGUGCUUUGAGCAAUUAGUUAGGAUAAAAAACAGAUUCAAAGUUGAUAAUUUGGUCUCCAUUAUUUCUGUUCACCCUUCAAUCUUUUGUGGACGGGAAUCAAAACCGGCUUUUGUUGACGAGAAAUUUGAGUCUUUAUUGAAGAAGCACAGGAUGGACCUUGAUGCUGGGGUGAAAACCCGGUUUCUAGUUGAGCUCAUAAAACUAAGCAAAGGAGAAAGAGUGCUUGUGUUUGGGCAAUAUAUCCCUCCCUUAAACUUCAUAGCAGAUUUACUAAAAUCAGUUUUUGGUUGGUCUAUGGGAAGUGAAUUGCUUUAUAUGCAUGGGAAGCAAGACGUGAAGGAGAGGCAAUCCUCGAUAAGGCUAUUUAAUGAUCCUAGAAGUGAAGCUCGGGUUCUUCUGGCUUCAACAAAGGCUUGUUGUGAAGGGAUCCAUCUUGUUGGUGCCUCGAGGGUAGUUUUGCUUGAUGUUGUAUGGAAUCCCUCAGUAGAAAGGCAAGCAAUAAGUAGAGCAUAUAGGCUGGGCCAGCUAAAAGAUGUGUUUGUUUAUCAUUUAAUCACCUCUGGGACUCUGGAAGAAGAGAAGUAUCAGAGGCAGGCAACAAAGGAGCGUUUGUCAGAGCUAGUUUUUUCUUCUGCUGAGGAAAACACAGAGAACAAGAGUACUAGGUCAAGGAUUUCAGAGGAUUGUAUCCUGAAAGAGAUGACUGAUCAUGAAAAAAUGAAGCAUAUGUUUAAGAGAGUUAUCUACCAGCCAAAAGCUGAUAAUUUGAUUGAAAGCUUUAAUAUGGUCCUCUGAAUUAGUAGCAUGGUUCAGGUGGUAUUUUGAAUCACAAAAAUGUUGAUAUAGAUAGUGAGGAAAGAUUCUGACUUUUGCAGGUAAUUGGUUUUCAAUUCUUUUUGUCCAAUGAACAGGUUUCUGUAAGGGAUCCUGAAUCCCGAACUCUGCAACUUUUUAUAUCCCGAACUCUGCAAUUUUUUGAAUCCCAGUAAAGAAAGCUAAGCUUAUUGACUGUAUGUUUCCUAAAUGACUACUACAAAAAUUUACAUGUUGAAGCAAGCUAUAUCUCUAAUCUUUUACCCUGUAGCAUUAGUGUAAUGACUGUAUGAGGGAGCAAGCCUAUGAUAAACGGAAGAAAAUAAAGGGGACUCGAGCAGCUGACUUAUAUCUGCGUUUUUCUCAAUCAGAUGGAAACAAGACUGUAUGUUGGAAACAUUUAGAUUGAACAGACAGACAAUUUUACAUGUUGAAGCAAGCUAUAUGGACAAAUAAUACUAUAUAGCUGCUGUUCCAGAUACAAUGAGUACUACAAAAAUGAUGGCCUAAACAUCAGCACCUUCGGUGCCACUGCCAGAACAUCACUAUUCAGGUAUGUACAUUUUACUUGAUGAGCUAUAAAGCUUAUGAUUUGAACUCCUCGAUCAUCUAUACCUGCGUUUUACCGAUUGUAGUAAAAGGCAAGGCUCUCAUUCUCUCUUCGAAUGGAAGAUUGAGGUAUGAAAAUUAGACAAUCUCUUAAAAG